GCUCUGUGUAGGAAACACUGUAGGAGUGUGCCACUGUAGGAGCUGUCUAUACAAAAACAGAUUUGUGUUGGACAAAGCUGAGAAAGAAGCAUAAGCCCAUUGCUUCUCUUCACCACCUAAGAUUUGCUCUUUUGAAUCCGUGGCUUGUCCGUCUUGUUUGCACAGAAACAAUGCACCGCUGGGGCCUACUGCUUUUACUCCUUGUUGCUUUUGCCAGUGUUGCAGCACAGAAAAAACUCAAAACUAAGCCCCAGACGUUGGCAAGAGGAUGGGGUAACAGCAUCACCUGGGUCCAGACUUAUGAAGAGGCUCUGAUCAAGAUGAGAGAGAGUAAGAAGCCUUUAAUGGUCAUCCAUCAUAAAGAAGACUGCCCAUUUAGUCAAGCUCUGAAGAAAGCAUUCAUUAAUGAGAGGUCCAUCAUGAUAAUGGCUAGAGAGGAUUUUAUCAUGCUCAACAUAAUGCAUGAAACACGAGAUGAGAAUUUGGCCCCUGAUGGCCACUACGUCCCUAGAAUCAUCUUUGUUGAUCCAUCCAUGACAGUACGGGCAGACAUCACAGGAAAAUACAGAAACCACCUCUACACCUACGAGCCUGGUGACAUCAAAACCUUGGCCAAGAACAUGAGGAAAGCCAUGGUCCUUCUGCACACUGAGCUCUAACAUGGCUAAACUCGGACCGCCGGCCACAUCUCUUUUCCACCAACUGUCCCGGAGCUGCUUGUUCAGGGGUCAGCGCUCUGUUUACAAAGUGCUAUAGCACAAAGAAUGAUGGCAUCAAAUAAAAAGUUUCAUUGAGAAGGU